UCCCCCCCCCGGCCCCGAACCCCAAGCCGGGGGAACACAGUUCCCCGCGGCCCCGGAUGAAGGCUAGACUUGUGGGGAACAGUGGGAGCCCCCGCGCCCCCGCGCCCCCGCGCCCCCGCGGGUGGGUCCCGGCGCCGCAGAGCCUGGCCGCUGCCACCAGGGUCCGUGCUAAGCACUCUGGUGCCCCCGAAGAUGUUGGAGGAGAAAGGCGGCCUUGGAGGGUUUAUCCAAGGGGUUAGGGCAGUGGCUGCACGGAAUCAAUAAGGGCCAGCCCCGCCCGGCGCUUGUUAAACUUGGCCCCCUCUGGACCCGCUCAGCCAAGACAUUGUUACUGGGCCCCUUCUCUGGGGGUCAGGCAGGGGUGGUGACAGCCCAUCUUUUUACAAAGCCUUGAGCCAGGUCCCGGCCUCUUAAACUGGGGCCCGCCCCCCGUGCGAGGUAGUGCCCUCGGGAUGUGGCCGGUGCGCCGGUUCAUAUGCCUGCGCACCCAGCGGCUGUAACAGCCGUCCACAAAGGGGCUGCGAGUGGGAAAGGACACGCGGAAGUGCCUGCUGUAUGCCGGGCGCUGCUAAGCAGGACGAAGAGGAGAAUUGGACAUAGUAGUUUUCCUUCGGAGGCUCAUGGCAUGUGACCCCCAUGGCCGACACCGAAUCCGAAUGAAUGGAAACAAUGGUAGACUACAGCUGUGGCAUUAUGACCCCAGCCUGGAUGAUUUCUAUGAUGAGGAGGAGGAAGAAGGGGAGGGGGAAGGGGAAGGGGCCAGGGGUAGGAGUAAAAGUCAGAGUAUCCUUUGUGGUUUCCAAAAGUCCCUUUUAUGCCACCCCUCCAGAACUUGGUCCAGUCCCAGUCCCAGCCCCCCACCCCGGCCUUGGUCAAGCCCCAGCCCCCCACGAUCAGCCUUUUCCCGUGGCCGUCCUCCCAGCCCUCUUGGCCUAUCCCUACGCCAACUGGAAAUGCCCCAGAAGCUGCUGGUGACUAAGGAGGAAGCUGAUCGCUUGGCUGAGGAGCUUGUGGCUGAGGAGGAGCGAGCAAAGAGACGAGCAGAAAAGAAACGACUAAAGAAGAAGCGACAGAAGGAGCGGAAACGUCAGGAGCGAAUGGAACAGGAGAGUGGGGUGGGCAAGCAGGUGAUGGAUGGGGCUGCAGAAGCAGCAGGCCCAGCACCAGGGGCAAGCAGCCUUACCUCCAGCCCCCAGAGCCCUAGUCAGGGUAGCAGCAAUGAAGAAGAAGAAUUGGAUUUGUCAAGCACCUUUGUGUCCCAAGCCCGGCGCAAGGUUGGUGACAGGCCUCCAAAUACCCGAAGAGAUAAAGGAUUGAGCCCUGAGCCCCACAGCUGGAGCCACCAGAGCCAGAGCCCACAGGAAGGGAGCAGGAGUCAGAGUCCUCAGCCAGAGGCACUCCCUGGAUUACAGGCAGCUGCCUUAAGGCAGAGCCAAGAGUUAGCAGAACUGGGUACAGCUGCAGCCUGGAGGGGCUUGUAUCAGGAAGCUGUGCUCCUCUUCACGAAGGCUAUAAAGCUCAACCCUCGGGAUUACAGACUCUUUGGGAAUCGGUCGUUCUGCCAUGAGCGACUGGGCCAGCCUGGCUGGGCCCUGGGGGAUGCAAGAGUUGCCCUCAACCUGCGACCACAAUGGCCCCGGGGCUUGUUCCAGUUGGGCAAGGCUUUGGUGGGACUGCAGAGGUUCAAGGAAGCAGCUGAUGUGUUCCGAGAGACUUUGGUCAUGGAUAAGUCCCAACCAGAUGCUGUCCAUGAACUCCAGCAGUGCCUCCUUCAGCUCAGUCUGGUGAGGGGCCAGGCUGAGAGUCCAUAUAAACAGGAACAUCAAGGGGGAAUCCAUGGUGCAGCUUUGAAACCCAGGACUCCACAGCAGCUAUCCCACUCAGAGGCAGGAGCCCAGGGCUUACUCCCUCUAAGUCAUUCUGCCACAGUAUCCCCUCGGAUCCAAGGCCUCCUGCCUCCUCCACGGUUCCCCUCUGCUCUCUGGCCCAUCACUCAGACUCAGAGUGGUGGUUUCUGGUCCUCCCAACUUCAGGAUUUCGCCAAGGCAAGGAGCAUUCUAGGACAGCCACCACGCCUGCCUCCAUCCAGAUUUGGUCCCCGACCGUUUAUCCUGCCGGUCCCAGUUCCAGUUCCAUUACCUUCAGUUCAGCACCUUCAAUUGCCAAAAACCUGGAGCCUCUAGCAAAGUCUCAAGGCCAGUGCAGCGUGUGUGAGCUUCAUAUGGGUCCCCAUUUAGGACCCUGAAGAUGAUUGCUGUUGCUAGGGGCCUGUGUGUCCUAAGGCUCUGGGUCAGGGCUCACCUCCAGCCUGAUGCCUGGUGUCUGAUGAAGGUACUGUACUGGCCAGAUUUGGUUACUGGCAGAUGAGGCAGAGCUUUGUGCUGGGCCCCCUUGCAUUCCAAGUCCAGGAACUGAGCUCAAUAAAAUGUUCUUCAUCCUCAAACAUCUUCUGGCCUUUUUCU